CAGAAGUGUGAAGAUGUCAGAAUAUUCCUUAUUUUUGGCACUUGUGUUACUAUGUGUUCAACAUGUGAAGAGUUCAGAUAAAAAUGAGAGCAGAGACUUUAUUCUCAAGAAAAGUGUGGAGGAUUAUGAAGCAUUUUGCCCAUAUACUGACCUUUGUUAUCACCCAGCUCGCAAAAACAUCACGCGGGCAGGUAAUGGCACGCACGCUUGUUGUCACUCUUGUAACUGUGACGUCAGUUGCGGCACCGCAUGUUGUCCGGACAAACCAGAACGGUUUUUAAAUGAAACUGAAAUUCUUAAAUUAAAAUCCGCCCCGGAACAAUGUGUUUAUGCACAGUUACGGCCGUUCAGUUCAAACAAAUUAAACGGGGUUCCGUUUAACAUGAUUGGAAAUUGUCCAGUGGAUUACACAAAUGAAUACAUAAAUGGAAAAUGUUCACGGGAAUAUCAUGAAUUCAAUUUUGGACAGGAAGACACUCAAACACUCAUGCCUCUUUCAUCUAAUACAAUGAAUAUUACUUUCAAAAAUUAUUACUGUGCUAUUUGCCAUAAUGUCGUAAAUACAAAUCUACAAUUUUGGAACACAGAAAUUGUAUGUGCAAACAAAAAGAAAUUAUUACUAUCAAAUAUAUCUGAAAUUCUUUUGAAGCUUUCGGAAGAACCUUGGUGUCAAGUUAUAUUCGAACCUUCAUUUACGACGCAACGGUAUGAUGUGAAACGUUGUAGCGGUGUUAUAGACAGAUGUAAUGUAACCGGCAGCUGGUAUCAGUAUGACUACGCCCUGGAAACGGCCUGCAUGUCGUAUACGUCAGAGUAUAAAGGCUUUAAAAACAUACACUGUUUUCUUUGUAAUGGAAAUACAUUAAAAGAUGAAGACGGCAUCUGUGAGCCUAAUAGCAAACAUCAAAUUGACAUCUCAUUCCUGGCUCUUUUAGAUUUUUACGAUUUAGACGGAUCAUCUUUACAGAGCAAGGUCACAAAAUGCUCCAGUGGCUCAAAGUACGACCCACUUAAGGAUGUGUGUAGACCAUUACGGUGUGCGUCUGGUAUGAGGCUCUACAAGAACAGGUGUUCUUCGCUUUACCCGGAGAUGGUAUUUCUUGACAACAGCGUUGUAUUCAGUCUCCAUUUCAAUCUAAUUCCAACGCAUAUUGCUGCAAGAGGUGAUUCGGAACUUUUAAUGAACUUAGUCCAUUCGGUUUUAAGUCAGUUUAUUCCUAAAAUAGACAUGAUUCAUACAGCAAACGAUGCAGAGAUAUGUGCAUUCAAUGUGUACUUGAAAUUGCAACAUAGUCUUGAAAAUACUGUUAUGCUGAUGAAUCGUGAUAACCUAACCGAAUUCAUGCAAUUCGUUUCGUAUUUGUCCUUUGCAGUGGAUUUCAGUAUUGAAGGAAUAUGGAACAUUUCCGCAGUCAUAGAAGAAAUGGCAACGAUUUAUGCAACGAACGAUUACUACGCACAAUAUACCGUGCAGUACCCAUCAGAUGAUACUGAAAUGCCGGCAAUCUAUAGAAAUAAUACUAGUGAAGAAUAUAUAAAUAAUUUAAAUCAACUUCAUUUAGAUCCUUCUCAGCAUUUAAUGUUUUUGAGCGGCCAGAAUGAUCCCGAUGAUGGACUUGGCAUUUUGUGGUUUGUGGAAGAUGCUCUUUCGCCUAUGCAAAGAUGCGAAUCUGUGCUUUCAAUUCAACCAAAUCCAUUUUGUCCCCGUAUAGAACUUCAAAGUAACGAAUUUAAUAUAGAUAUUACUAGCAAGAAAGUAUCAAACCUUAAAACCUACGGCGUUUCUAAAUCAUUACCUUUUACUUUUUUCUUUUCAAAGAUGCUGACCUCAAAAAACGAGGAAAAUGUACUGGUUUGUGCCGACGAGUACUUUUCACAAUUACCCACCAAAAAUGUUUCUACAGUUACGCACGAGUUGGCAGUGUUAACUAUCAUUUGUCUUGUUUGUUCUAUUAUCUCCCUUUUACUAACAUUCUUUGUCUAUUGUUUUCUUCCUAGCUUAAGAACUCUUCCGGGAUUAAAUAACAUGGCUCUAGUUGUUCAUCUUUUCCUUUUUCAUACACUACUGUUAGUAACUGAUGUAACAGACAUUAAUAACUCACGGAUUUGCUCGGCAGUCGGCAUUGGUCUUCAUUAUACCUUGCUGACAUAUUUCUUCUGGAUGUGUAUCUGUACUUUCCAUAUGCUGAAUGUCUUUGUGAAGAUUAAAGAACGAUCUGCUUAUGUUCAUACAAUGAAGAAAUUUGUUCAUUAUCUCAUUUUCGCAGAAUCAAUGUCUGCCAUUUUGGUUAUAUGCCAUAUAGUUGUCGCCGUUGUUUCAGCAGAUGGAGCAGUAAGUCUAGGCUACGGUGGUUCAACUUGCUUUAUUUGGGACCCAAUCAUGCUUCUUUGUUUUGUUUUUGUUCCUCUUGGUCUUGUGCUUGUAGCCAACAUGCUUAUGUUUUCGUAUGUCAUUUGGUGUGUGUCCCGCUUGCCAGACAUGGCAGAAAGUAGUAACCAAGAGCGGCACACUUUAUUAAUAUUAACUAAACUGUCUACAUUAACUGGCAUUACCUGGAUAUUUGGAUAUGUUUAUAUAUUUACGGACUCACUUUUGUUUACUUAUGCUUUCAUAAUUUUCAAUGCAGGGCAGGGUGUGUUCAUAAUGUUUUCGUUUGUUAUAAACAAACGUGUUUUCGAUAUGAUGCAUUCACAAAUACAUAAGAAAACUAAUGGUCAAACUAAAGAGACCAAUCAUACAACCAGUAAUUCUAUUGCUUCUGUAAAUGGUGCCAAAAAUAUUACCAUUACAAUGUCUGAUAAUACUGAUACUAAGUUUUGAAGUUUAGUCAGGCCCUCGAAAUUGAUAUGGGAAUGGAGAAUGCUGAACAACUUUGUUAGCUGUACAUGGAGAAGAAGAAUUUGUAUACUGGUAACUUGAAACUUCAUGCCAAAUUUAUAAUGUGAAGACGCACAUGAGGAUAUGAAGUUAAUGAGGUUUAUAAUUAUCUGGUUAUAAGGUUUCCAAAUUUCCCCAAAACAAUUUCUAAUGGCUGCAUGCUUCAAACAACAUCAGAUUGAUUAUUUUUUCUAAGGAUAUUUUCUUUUUAGAAUAAAAUUGAACUAGCGGAAUAAAAUUAAUUUUUAUUUGUAUUGGAGUGUUUUGAAGCCAGAGAAAAAGGUCAUAUUCAGAAUAAAUUACCUGAAAAAACACUAUGGUUAUCAUGAUAUACAUAAGCCCGGCUAGAGCUAAAACAUGACAUUCUGACAAUAAUGCAUCUCUCUUUCAAAAUGGCAAUACUACCAAUACCAAGUUUUUCAUUCAGUUAUUACUAAAGGUGAGCAUUUCAAAAGUUUAAAACAAUGUUACAGCAAUAUAUUGUAUCCAGUGAGAUACUUGUAUGCAAAAUUGAAACCGUUUUUUUUAUAAAUUUGGUAUAAUUCGUGAUA